AUGUAUGUGGAUCUUUCAUACAAUGGUUUCAGCGGACCAUUGCCAUCCUCUCUUGCCAACCUCAGCAACCUCGCUCAUUUGGAUCUUUCAGCCAAUGGUUUCAGUGGACCAUUGCCAUCAUGGCUUGUGAAGCUCGAGAAACUCAUGCAUUUGGAUCUUUCAUACAAUGGUUUUAACGGACCAUUGCCAUCCUCUCUUGCCAACCUCAGUAACCUUGCUCAUUUGGAUCUUUUAGCCAAUGGUUUCAGCGUACCAUUGCCAUCCUCUCUUGCCAACCUUAGUAACCUUGCUCAUUUGGAUCUUUCAGUCAAUUGUUUCAGCGGACCAUUGCCAUCAUGGCUUAUGAAGUUCGAGAAACUCAUGUAUUUGGAUCUUCAAUACAAUGGUUUUAGUGGACCAUUGCCAUCAUGGUCUGUGAAGCUCGAGAAACGCAUGCAUUUGGAUCUUUCAAACAAUGGUUUCAGCAGACCAUUGCCAUCAUGGCUUGUGAAGCUAGACAAACCAAUGGUUUUUUAUCUUUCAUCCAAUAAUUUCAGCGAUCCAAUCCCUUCUUAG